AUGGCUUCCUCAAAUGUUACAUGUAACCAAAGGGAGCGGAAAUCACUGCUUGAAUUCAGAAAAGGCCUCACCGACGAAUCAAAUCGUCUGUCAACAUGGACCGGAGUAGAAUGUUGUGAGUGGCAGGGAGUUGGGUGUGACAGGAGGCAUGGUCAUAUUGACAAACUUGAUCUUCGAUCUCCAUCGUCUAUCUGGGAUGACACAAGCAAAUUUCUCGAAGGUAAGGUAAGUCCUUCCUUACUCAACUUGGAGCAUUUACGUUACUUAGACUUGAGCAUGAACAAUUUCUCAGGUCAAAAUAUUCCUGAAUUCUUUGGGUCAUUGAAGUAUUUGGAAUACCUUGACCUUUCUUACUCAGGUUUUAGUGGUGUUGUCCCUCCUCAUCUAGGAAAUCUCUCAAGGUUACAAUAUCUUAAUCUUAACAUCGGAGAUAGGUAUGACGUUUCGUUGAUGAUCAGGGAUGAUCUGCGGUGGGUGUCUUUGUUGUCGUCGUUAAAGCACUUGGAUCUCUCAGGGAUAAGAAUCGGUAAACAUAUUGAUUGGUUCCAUCCGGUUAACAUGUUACCUUCAUUGCUUACACUGAACUUGACCAGGUGUGAUAUCAAUAUCUCCUCCAUAAAAUUCUUCAAUUUCACUUCUCUAAAUUCACUUGAUCUCUAUGGAAAUAACAUAAAUUCCACCAUUCCUGUUUGGUUAUCAAACCUUACUAGCCUCGUGUAUCUAAGACUUAAAAAAAACAACUUCCAUGGCGGAAUACCUGAUUCUAUUGGAAACUUGAGCUCUCUUUCUUUCAUCUACCUUUCAUAUAAUCUAUUGUCAGGUCCAAUACCUCCCUCACUUGGUGGCCUAUCAUCUCUAAGAGUGCUCUCUCUUUAUGCAAAUCAAUUGAGUGGGAGCAUACCUAAAAGCAUUGGACAAUUAUCAAUGCUUGAAACCCUUAAUCUUUAUUAUAACCAAUUGAGUGAGAGCAUACCUGAAAGCAUUAGACUACUCACAAGGCUACAAACUCUCGAACUUUCAACGAAUCAAUUGAGUGGGAGCAUUCCCGCUAGUCUUUGUCAGCUUUCAAACCUCCAAUACCUUGAUCUUUCAAGUAAUCAAUUUAGUGGGAGCAUACCUGAAAGAAUUGGACAACUCACAAGGUUACAAGUGCUCGAACUUUCAAAUAAUCAAUUUAGUGGGAGCAUUCCCGCUAGUCUUGGUCAACUUGUAAACCUCCAGUACCUUGAUCUUUCAAGUAAUCAAUUGAGUGGGGCUAUCUCUGAAUUUCACUUUAACAAACUCAACAAUCUAACUGGAUUGUCCUUGUCUGAUAAUCCAUUAACGUUGAAUGUAAGCCCUCAUUGGAUUCCUCCCUUCCAUUUGAAGUAUUUUUUUGCAAGCUCUUGCAACAUCGGACCCCAAUUCCCGUGUUUGAUUCAGAAAUCAACAUAUCUUAAAGUUUUACUUCUUUCAAAUUCUAGUAUUAGAGAUAGCAUACCAGGGUGGUUUGAGCACAUCUCCUUACAUAUUGUGCACAUGGAUUUGUCCAACAAUCAGAUCAGUGGAAAUCUGCCACGAAUAAGAAACAGAUCAUCGAAUCCAUAUUCAGGUAUAUAA